AUGGGCGUAGUGGACUUCUGGGAGUCUCUCGCUCAGCGCGGCGAUGUUUGGCUCAGAGAUGAACGUGGCGAGAGAGUCUUUUCCAGUCAGAUUCCCUCCAUGGUGAAGAACUUGGCGGACGAUCCGUACCGAACUAUGUCCGAGUGGCUGAAGCACGGGAUGGCUUACAUAAAAUGCAGUGAUCCCGAAAAUCAGGACCUCUUCCA